UUCCGUACAAUUUUAAAUGUCUUUUUUUUUUUGCGGUUGGAUAUUUGAUUUCUUUCUCUUUUUGAAUUUCCUUUCAUUUAUACAGGUUUUUGUUGAUAAAUUUUAAAAGAUAACAUAUAUUUUAUAGAAAAAUCUUUUUGAUAUUUUUCAAAUAACAAAUAAGAAGCUGUAUUAGUUUUUUCUUUGAUCUUUUUACUAAUAAACAGAGCUGAUAGCAUAUACUAAUUGUAUCACUUCAAUUCUACUUUAGAAAUACAAAACGAUAUGUUGUGAAUUUGGAGGACUAUAUAAAUAUAGUACUAGUAGAUUAUUAAUAAUCUCAAUUAAUUAACGGCAAGAAUCAAAUUAUUUAUUCAACUUAUGUUCCAAAGAAUCACAGCCGAGUAAAUGAAGUCAACCAAAUUACUAAGUCAAGAUUCCAAAACAAUAUAAACCGACCAAACCGUUGGGUUGCUAUAAAUAGAAAGCAUGGUUGCUUGCUUCCUCUGCAAAAACCUACCACUACUCUCUCUCGAAUAUCUUUUGUAGUCCUUAUUUCUCACUUCCAUAGCGUUAACACGGUGUCAUUCAAAUGGAUAAGCAUCUUAGGACCAAGCAAGCCAAGACCAACCCUACUGUAGCUUCAUCCUCGACUGAAGUGAGCAGUCUUGAGUGGGAAGCUGUGAACAUGAAUCAAGAAGAAGAAGAUUUGAUCUGUAGAAUGCAUAAGCUUGUCGGCAACAGAUGGGAGUUGAUAGCUGGGAGGAUCCCAGGAAGAACUGCAGAAGAAGUUGAGAGGUUUUGGGUCAUGAAGAAGAAAUGAAUUAGCUCUGAAGUUUCACUGAUUAGGUUUUAAUUUACCAACUUUGUAAUAGGAUAUUUUCUUACGAGAAUUUACGAUCUUUUAGAUGUGUUUAGGAAGUUAUGUAGCUUCGCUUCUACUGUUCGUUUCGUUUCUCCCAAUAGUUUCGAUUUUUUUUUUAGUUUUUAUGUGUUUGGAUUGUUUGUUUCGGUUUCAUAUCUUUGUUUGGUUUGUUUUAAUUUGGUUAUGAAAUAGUAAAUCAUGUCGGUUUGAAUUAUAUAACUUGGUUUUCUAGUAAUUCUCAAAAAAAAAAAAAAAAACCUACGUCAAACGAUUAUUCAAACUAAAAGUGACUUAAGAGGUGAGACUAUAAUGAACAACCAACUAAAUACAAAUCCUUAUGAAAAGCUUUUAUAAUCUUAACUAAUAAUGAUUAUGUAGUAUUGAUUUGUACUCUUGGAUGGUAAUCAAUCGUGAAGUCUUUGAAUUUUCCUUUUAGAUCUGUUAAACUCCAUUAUAAUUCUUUCAAAGUGUUAUUUUGAAUAGUGUAAUAUACCUUCCAUGACCCAUAAAAGUGAUUCCAACUCCAGCUUUGUAUUAUGUUUUGUAUCAUUCAUCGUUUAAUAUAGUUCCUUGUAGUAUGUAUAAUUCAGGCUUACAAGAAAAUGAUAAUUCAACAAUCUCUAUAAACCAUUUUAUAUGGACUAAGGAUAUCUGGGCCUUCCUAAAAGAAAAAGAAAAUAGAACUAGGCUUCUUCUAGUAAAUAAGGCGAGAGUAUUGUCAAUUGUGUAUGCCCAAAUUGAACAUUAGCUAUUGUCCCUACUUCUUAGGAUAAAGUCUGAUGCAACAAAUAUGAAUCUAGAAGGAACGUAAAUGUUUUUUUUUUUUUUUUUUUUUUUUUUUUUUUUUUUUUUUUUUUAACGCUCCUUCAAGAAUAACCUAAAAACUCUCUCCCCGUGUAGACACCGUUCGAGAAUAACCCUAGCCCCGGCGGCCGUGCAAUCGGCACCGGAGGCAACAUCUCUUCCUCCCUUACUUGUUUUUUUUCUUUGCUCUCGUCUUCAUCGUCUCUCCUUUUAGUCAAUAUACUUGUCGCUCUGUGCUGCCGUGGUCAGUCCUGAAACUCGUUCGCGACGGAUGGAGGUUGACUUCGGGCUUCUUAUGGAGGGACCGUGAGACCAAAGGCGUUACGGUGGAGGCGAGAGUCGGCGUUUAGGGUUUAGCUUCGCCAGAUCCGGUUUUCCCCUUCUGAGAUCUCCGGCCAAAGCUUCUUGAUGUCGGCGCGUGACUAGGCGAGACAGCUCCUCCAUCUUGGAUCUACCUGUCCCCUGCGGCGGUGUGACUGUGGGAGGAAGAACGCGGCGGGCGGCGAAAAGAGGUUCGGCCUCGAUUUUCGAGAUCGACGCGCGGCACCGAUCUUGGACGACGGACUUAUCCUCCGAAGAAGAGGUCCUUGCCGUAGAUGCGUGGCGGAGAAGUGCUUAUCGGAUCCGGAUUCAGCAUGUGACUGGUCCAAAAUUAUGAUCUCUGCUCUCUUUGAAGCUGCGAACUGGAGUCCUUGUGUCGCUAACCGAUAUCAAAGCCCGACUUUCAUUCCGGACAGUCUCGUUCGGCUCAUGGCUUAGGGUCGGGGUGGUGCUGGCUGGAGGGAAGGAGUUUUUGGUCGAAAUGCGCCUUCUAGGCAAGGUCCUGUUAGUCCACGAGCUGAAAUCACACAAUAUGGAGACUAAUAGGCUGGAACUUUGUCGGAGACGACUAAAUCUCCUUAGUCCUACGGUUUCAUUACCAUCCUCGCACUUCAACGUAAUUGUUUUCGACCCGCCUUUCAGUACGGAGCUGUUCCGUUUUUAGGUUAGGAGCGAAGCAUCCAAACCGGAGGUGAUGAAUCUAACCAAGAAUGCACCGAAAGGUGAGAAGUGUUGGUCCCGUGCUCCACUCUUACCCUAGAGACCAAUGCUAAGUUCAAAUAUGUAACUUGGUUUUUGUUUAUCAUCAAUGGUGUACAAUGCUUUUGUCUCGUGUGGUUCAAUUAGUUGGUCUAAGAACCGGCUCUUCUUGGGUCGUAAGAAGAGUGUCGUGUUCAAUGGGGUUAAAAAUUGCAGCAAAGGUUUAGAUUGGUAGUGUAGGAUCCAUGUUAGUGAUUCUAGAUGAUACUAAUCUCUUUGUUGUAAGUGUGGUUGAAACACUAUUGUGGUGUAAAAUCAUGUGUACCCUUCUUUGGUUAAUGAAAAGUGGAUGUUGAGUUAAAAAAAAAAAAAA